UACAAAAGAGUUCCUCAAACUGGCCCCUUCAGCAGUGGAACCCAGAAAUCUUGCUUCCAUUUUCACUGUCUGAGCUGCAGAAAUGUAAUGUGAAACUGUUACUUUUAUCAACUACUUUAAAAGAGAUCAGCACAAUGUAUUUGAUAAUCAUUUUUUCAGUGUUACAGAGUAUAAGUGGUUUUAACAUUGAACCUGUAUCUUGGAAAUCAUUCAGUAACCCUGCGGCAGGAUUUGGACACAAGGUGAUUCAAAAAAAAAAUGGCUUGCUGGUCAGUGCUCCUCUUGAGCAGUAUUCACAACAAAGAAGAGGACAGAUUUAUAAGUGUUCACCUACAAGCAUGAGCUGCAGCAAAAUCCAGCUUGAAUUGCCACCUUAUGCAGAUAACUCCUCUCUUGGAUUGGCAAUGGCAUUUAACCCCAGCAAUGAAAACUCUCUGGUUUGUGGGCCAACCAUUCCAAAAGAUUGCAGGAGCAUCACCAUGUACAACGGUCUGUGCUUAGAGAUUAAUCAAAAUAACAAUCUCAGAAGAACCACGCCUACGUCUACUGCAGAUUGCCCGAGCCAACCAGCCGACAUCGCAUUUCUUUUAGAUGGUUCAGGCAGUGUAGAUCCAGCGGAUUUCUCAAAAAUGAAGACCUUUCUCAUUAACGUGAUCACCUCAUUUCUCGGAAGAGAUUCAAGGUUUGCCAUCAUACAGUUUUCACAUUUGUUUCAUAUCAGUUAUUAUUUCAACAAUUUUCAAGUCAGAGGGUCGUGGCAGUCACAAAUAAAUAAUAUACGACAACUGAGAGGAGGCACUUAUACAGCUACAGCAAUACAGAAAGUUGUAGAUGAAGUCUUCACAUUAUCAAGUGGUAAUCGACCAAAUGCAAAUAAUGUACUGAUUGUCAUUACUGAUGGAGAGUCCAAUGAUGGAGGUGACUUAUCAGGAGCUAGUGCGGCAGCAAACAGAAAAAAUAUUAUUCGAUUUGCCAUUGGGGUUGGGAAUUCAUUUAAUAAACCUUCAGCAAAGGAUGAGCUUAUAACUAUUGCAUCAUCUAAAGACCAUGUCUUUCAAGUUGAAGGAUUUGAUGCUCUUGAUAAAAUAAGACAGACUCUGCAGGAAAAAAUCUUCUCUAUUGAAGGAACUCAAACAGGUGGGGAGACUUUGAAAAUGGAAAUGUCCCAGUUGGGCUUUGCUGCAGCCUUUUUUAGUGGGGGAUUUCAAAUGACAGCUGUUGGUGCUAAUGAGUGGAAAGGAGGAUUACAGAAGUACACCCAGUCUGGUGCCAUGACGAGUUUCUAUGAGCCUAAAAACAUUGACAACGACAGUUACCUUGGUUAUUCCAUAGCUAUUGCAAAUACUGUGGCUGGGACAUUUACAGCUGUUGGUGCACCACGGUAUCAACACAGAGGCAUUGUAAUGUAUAUUCAUAGCAUUUACACUCAGCAGAGGAUUGAUCCAGUGGAUAGACAGCUUCAGCAGAGUGGUGAAUAUUUUGGGGCAGAGCUUUGUACAAUGGAUGUCAAUGGUGACAUCUUCACUGACCUGCUGCUGAUAUCUUCACCAAUGUAUAGAGAGAAAGACAGGGAAGGAAGAGUCUAUGUUUGUGACGUUACUGAUUCGCGUGUGGAUUGUCACUUUGAUUCUCCGUUAAUCCUGAGGGGGGUGCCAGAAAAAGGAAGGUUUGGGUCAUCUCUUGCUGUACUACCAGAUCUGAACUCGGAUAAACUGGCUGAUUUAGCUGUGGGAGCCCCUUUGGAGAAUGGUGGUCAAGGCACUAUUUAUAUUUACCAUGGCUCUGGGUUUAGGAGGAUUAAUCCCACCUAUUCACAGAGAAUUACUGCGUCUGAAGUAAAGUCUGGUUUGACUUUCUUCGGCAUGUCCAUCAGUCCAACAUCAUUGGACCAAAGUGGUGAUGGUCUGCCAGACUUGAUGGUGGGUUCCAAAGGGACUGUUCUCCUUCUCAGGUCCAAACCAAUUGUAAAAGUAGAUGCUACAAUUUCCUUCAUGCCACAACUGAUCCCAACUCAGAAUCCCGACUGCUCAAAACCUCUAGAUGCUUCUGCUACUGUCUGCUUCACUAUGUCCAAAAUCACUUCACUAGAUCAAGCUCAGGCAAGAAUCAAUUAUACUUUUACUUUGGAUGCCACACGCAUUGUCCCAAAUAACCGGGCAUUCGUCAAGGAGAAACAACCAGACGCAACCGGAAGUCUCACCAUUACACUGAACCGUCCUGAAUGUGUUAUUAUCAGAUUCUUUAUACAGUCAUGUCCUGAAGAUGCUCUCAGUCCUCUUUACAAUGAGUUGCAGUUCACAUUUGAAAGCUUGGCUUCCCCCCAAAACCUCAAACCAAGUCUCUCUGAACAGUCCCCCACAAAAGUCAACAAAGAUUUGGGGUUUGAGAUCAACUGUGGGGUGGAUGACACGUGUAUUGACAGACUCAUAGUGGACUUUAACUUCACCAGAUCUUCUGUAGUCCGAAUAGGCAUUGAUGAUUUGCUCAAUGUGACAGUGUCAUUAGAAAAUAUAGAAGAAAAUUCCUAUGAUACAAGAGUCAUCCUGACAUAUCCUUCGGGACUUUCCUACCGCAAGUUCACUGGACUUCGAGGGAGAAUUGACUGUAACUCAGUGGACAGUAAGGACAGUUUGAUAAGAGGACGGACCGAAUGCUUUAUUGAUAAGCCUAUCUUUAAGAGCAAUGCAAAGGCGGUUUUUGUUGUCUCAUAUGGCUUCAACACCAACAGCCAACUCGACAGGAGGAUUCUUAUCACUGCAAAUGCAACCAGUGGCAAUGUACAGUCAUCCCAAUUGUCCCAGCGAUACAAAAAGAGAGAGAUUGAUGUUAAAUACAGCAUUUCAGUGACAAUCGGAAGUUCACACAGCUACACCAAUUUUACGUUUGGUAAAAAUGAUCUACAGAAGCCAGUCAAUCAGUCAAUAAAGGUUACAAAUGAGAUCAGAACAUUGAAUUUCUCUGUGGUGAUCCGUGUUCCAGUAAAGCUUGGCAAGAGGGACAUCUGGGUAGACUCUGACUCUUUGCAGAUUCCAGACUGUCAAAAAGACAAGGAUGAAGAGCCAACGGUGACAGAUUUUGUUGCACAAAUACAGGAGAACAAAUUGGUGAACUGCAGUGUGGCCAAAUGCAGGGUUUUCAGGUGUACUCGCUUCAUGGGGCAAAUGGAGAGUAAAGACUACAUCAUCUCUGCCAACCUCAGCUCAGGAUGGAUUGAGCAGGUCUUGACACUGUCUAACACAAGGAUUGGACUAAAGUCUGCCAAGUUUCUCCUCAUCAGCACAGCCAUUCUGGAGUAUGAUACAGACCGCUUUAUUUUCUAUUCUGCUGAGAACAAACCCGUCAAGAUUGAAGCAGAAGUAGAAGUCUAUACGGAAGUGGACUUCACCAAAGAAAUCAUUGGAGGAUCUGUGGGAGCAGUGGUGCUGGUGCUGUUACUGACCGCUGGCUUAUACAAGGCUGGAUUUUUCAAGAGUAAAUACCAACAGAUGAUUGCUGAUGAGACUCAAGGGCAGGAAGAGGCUCUCGAUGGUUCUCCAGAAGAACCAGCAGCUUAACAUAAAAUAUAGCCUAACAUAUAAACAAUAUUCAAUAAUAGGGCUGUAAUUAAUUCAGAUUUAUUCAAAUGUAUAUUAACUUUUUUAUUAUGUUUACAACAAAACUAACCUAUGUAGCCUAAUAUUCCUUUGCAAAUAAAAUACUUGUGCAGUUAUACAUUUAAAUAACCUAGUAAACACAUGCUAUGAUUUUAUAUGUCUCAGGGUUUGCAGAUGGAAAUUAGCUCUGAGAGCUAUGGUGCAAAGGAUCUCUUUAAUGUUUUAUGCUCCUGCAAGGUCCUUAUAAACUAACAAACAUAAAUAUUGGGAAAUUAUAUGGUGCAAAAUGCACUAUUGAUUUUAAUUUAAGCUUAAGUGAGCUAUGAAAAAGCUGAAAAUCUAUAUGCAUGUGACUGGAAAUAAAACAUUUGCAAACUAA